GCCACUGGGUAGGUGAUCUCCCUCAAUCCUCAACCCCCAAAGAUUCGCAUAUCCGAUUCAAUUUCAUCUACUCAGUUUCGCUUACAGCGUCGUCAUGUUUGGAUCGCUAUUACUGGGGAUUGCUACGUUGCUGGGAGUGCUCUAUGUGUUUCUGGUGUCCAACUUUGGACACUGGCGGCGACGUGGAGUCCUGGAGCCAAGGGUCUUUCCACUUUUUGGCUCUUUUCCAAAUAUGGUUUGGCCAAGGCAGCAUUUUACCAUGGAUAUGCGGGAUAUCUAUAUGCGUUAUCGAAGUACACACAGCUAUGUGGGUUGCUUCCUGAUGCGUGCACCCAAGCUGCUGAUCCUGGAACCACGUUUGGUCUACGAGAUCUAUGUCAGUGCCUUCAGCCACUUUGAGAAUAAUGAUGUCUCGAAAAUGGUGGACUUGGCCAAGGAUCGUUUGGUAUCCCUCAAUCCGUUUGUACUUGAUGGUGAUGAGUGGCGCCACCAGCGGGCAGUCUUCUCAACUUUACUGACCAAUGGACGGAUAAGGACCACCCAUGCCAUUAUGCAACGUGUCUGUAGAGAUCUCUGCGAGUUUAUUUCCAGAAAGUCACUAGGCGGCAAGGAAAUGGAUUGUAUUGAUCUUGGCCUUCGUUUCACGGGUGAAUCUCUGUUCGAUUGUGUUCUAGGCAUUCAGGCUCGCACUUUUAGCGACAAUCCUUUGCCAGUUGUCCGGCAAAACCAAGAGAUGUCCGCCGAGAAUCGUGGCUUGGCCAUUGCCGGUGCCGUCUGUGGUAUAUUUCCGAAUCUUCCACGCCGCCUGCGUCCCAAGGUAUUCCCACUAUCCCAUGAUCAAUUUUAUAGUUCGCUCAUAAGCGAAUCUCUGCAACUGCGUCGUGCUAAGCAUCAGGAACGUAAUGAUUUCAUCAAUCAUCUGUUGGAGAUGCAAAGGGAUCUCAAUCUUAGCGAGGAGGAUAUGGCCUCGCAUGUCAUGACUUUUAUGUUUGAUGGCCUGGACACCACCUCGAAUAGCGUUGCCCACUGUCUUUUGCUGCUUGGUCGCAAUCCUAAGUGCCAGCGCCAUCUGUUGGACGAACUUCAGAAGGCCAGUCCCAGCGGCGAACUGCCCGAUCUGGAUGUGCUAAUAGACCUGCCCUAUCUGAGUGCCUGUUUCAAUGAAAGCCUUCGCAUCUAUCCCGCCGCUGGCUGGGCCUCAAAGACCUGCACCAAGGAGUACGAGCUACAGGGUAGCCAUCAUUCAGAGCCGUUAAAAAUACGACCUGGUGACAACCUCAUGAUACCCAUCUAUGCCCUGCAAAAUGAUCCGGAACAUUAUCCAGAACCGGAGGUUUUUCGACCUGAAAGAUUCAUGGAUGGCGGCUUGAAGAGCUUCAAGCAGCAAGGCGUCUUUCUGGGCUUUGGCAAUGGACCACGUCAAUGUGUGGGCAUGCGUUUGGGCCUGGCCAUGGCGAAGGCAGCUCUGGCCGCGAUUGUCCAGCAUUUCGAGGUUGUGGUUAGUCCACGUACUAGAGAUGGCACCGAUAUCGAUCCAUUGAUCUUUGUGGGCGUCCACAGGGACGGCAUUUGGCUGCAGUUUAUUCCAAGAAAAGUCUAGAAUAAAAAGUUUUUGGAUUUAUUAGUAUAUCUAAGGGGUUCUUUGAGAAUUUUUCUAACCAAAAAUUGGGUGUUUUAAGGAAUAAAAUGAUUGACUUAAAUAA